AUGUUAUUUUCUGGUAAUUUUUUUUCCUUUGUUGGCUAUUGUCCUGAUAGCGCCACUAAUAAUAAUGAUAAUGAUAAGUAUUAUUAUUGCUGUUAUUUGAAUCCCGCUCAAUUGACGAUAGUGCCAUCUACAGGUAACAACCAUGAGAUUAUAAAUUCCCCGGACACUAAACAGCUGAUUUAUCCGAAGAAAGUAGGACUCAAACAAUGUUCAGUCUGUUGUGUAUUUAGACUGGCAAAGCUAUAA